UCUAGUUGUUAGCUUGUGUGUGUGUGUGGACCCAAAUGUCACCGGUAGUUCUUCUUCGGAUGACGUCUGCAUGUCACUUUGGACUUUGUAGCUACUCGUACUUAGAAGUUAUCAUAUCAGUGUCACAAAGUUGACCAUUUUCCAAAGUCCUGUACAUACUUGUUUGGGCUUUUGCGGGCUCUUUUGUUCUUCGUUUCGCGCUUCAAGAGUCAACACAUUCUUUCAACAUGGCGCUAGCCGGGAUACGAGUCAUUGAACUGGCGGGCCUGGCUCCAGCACCUUUCUGUGGAAUGAUCCUUGCAGACUUCGGAGCCAAGGUGAUCCGUGUGGACCGGACUAAGGUCGGCACCUCGUUGGACACGCAGGCCCGAGGAAAAAGAUCGGUGGCCAUCAACCUGAAAACUUCAGAGGGCGUUGCCCUGCUCCGGAAGCUCUGUGUCCAGUCGGAUGUCGUCCUGGAGCCUUACCGUAAAGUUUGUAUGUUUUUGGCGCUUAUAGGUGUGAUGGAGAAGCUUGGUCUUGGUCCUCAGGAGCUACUGAAAGAAAAUCCUGGUUUGGUUUACGCUCGGCUGACCGGAUAUGGACAAAGUGGAAUGUACGCCUCUGCAGCCGGCCAUGACAUCAACUACCUGGCCAUGUCAGGCCUUUUAUCCCGUUUGGGUCGCAGCGGAGAGAAGCCUUAUGCUCCACUGAAUAUCUUAGCGGACUUUGCGGGCGGCGGGCUGACGUGUGCCCUUGGUAUCGUCAUGGCGCUGCUGGAGCGGACAAAGUCGGGGAAAGGACAGAUCAUUGAUGCGAGUAUGGUGGAAGGAGCGGCUUAUGUGGGCUCCUUCGUUUGGAAAUCCCACAGCAUUGGUAUGUGGGAUCGUCCACGUGGGGAGAACAUGCUGGACAGCGGCGCACCCUUCUAUGACACCUACCUGACAUCUGACGGCAAGUACGUGGCCGUGGGCGCCAUCGAGCCGCAAUUCUACAAACAACUCCUUCAAGGUUUGGAAUUGGACGCUGACCAGCUACCUCCGCAGAUGAACUUCGACCACUGGCCGGAGCUCCGACGGAUCUUCUCUGAGCGUUUCGCCUCAAAGACGCAGGCGGACUGGUCCAGAAUUUUUGAUGGGACUGAUGCGUGUGUGACACCUGUGUUGUCAUUUGAUCAGGUGAGCUUGCACCCACACAACCAGGAGAGGGGUUCCUUCAUGAAGGACUCCACUGGGCAGGAAAGCCCUCGGCCGGCCCCGAUCCUUUCACGCACUCCCGCGGAGCCUUCUGUCGCCUCUGGCUUGAUGAUCGGAGAGCACACAGUGGAGGUUCUGGAGGAAUAUGGGUUUCCAAAAUCAGAGAUAGAGAAGAUGCUCGCUGUAGGAGUUGUGGAGGGUAAUGCUGUCAUGGCAAAAUUGUAGUGGAAAAUAAAUAUUCAUUGGAUCAUUAAGCUUUUAUUCUUGAAUCUUUUUACAAGCAGUAUGAAACAAAUUGUUGACUCCACGUCAGCUGGCAUUUCGUGCAGCGGUUGCCAUGGAAAUACAGUUUAAUGUAUGCAAACUUGACACCAUCAAUAUGGAAAUGUAAAUAAUGCCUGGUUUCUUGGCAUGUAAAAUGGAGCGUUAACAACACACCAGCAGCAAUGGUCAUAUUAAUACUAGAAGAUAAUAUAUACAAUAUGGUUUGUGUUGUUAAAUGGGAAUUCAACUCUGAACAUAGCAAAUGUUGUCAUUUCACCGUUGAAUGUAAUUAGGAAUAUUUAAUUAAACUGGAGAGGGGGACUAAAGGGCUUGCUUUGUUGUCCACAUUUAUUUCACUUCUGUGAUUUGAAUUUAUUGAAUGUAGACAUGAAAGACAAAAAAAUGUAGGGAUUAGGUUUCCCUGAGCGUCUUGAGGGAUUUUUAUAUUGGUGGAACUUCUUUUUUUGUGUGUAGCAUAUGUUAAGGAUAAUGAAUGCAUUUGAAUAAUACAUUAAAAGCAUGUCCUAGCGGGAGAACCAGUGUGCAGAAGUCGCUUGUCAGUUUUUUAUUUAACAAAAGAAGAAAUGAAAGAAAGCCAUAGUGGUUAAAGAUGAAUCAAAAUCAUUCUCAAGCUGUAGAUGUGCUACUUAGGGAUUGUUUCACGAUAACUGUGCUAGCUUUCUUCUUUAAAGCUUUGAAUGCAUUAUCGAUCAUGUUGAUAAUAUUGGCAUUUACUGUUAAAUACAUAAAAAUGAUACGGUAGGGUUUCACACCUGCAUCCAAGCCCAGUAAAAUACCGUUGAGACGACAAUAAGACAACAAAGACGACUUGUCUUAUAAUUGUGAUGUAUGAAUUUAUACAUUUAUACUAUCCUACCAAACGACUUUUCCUUCAGUCAGUCUGAGCUUUUGUCCCUGUCACUCUCACACACACCAGUGAAAGAAGGAAGUUCCAACAGUAUCAUUGUCAACAUUACACCAAAUUAAAUUGUAAAUACAUUUUGAAAAGUAAUACUUCCCACAACAACUCUUGCAUGCUCCUCCAUUGCAUCUUACCGCUACUCACCUUGCCCUCCCAACUACAAUGGGAGCCUAUCAGCUUGUGCUAAACAAGUAGGAACAAAAUGUCCGUUUCAGGGUGUGACUAACCAUUGUUUUUCACCCCCAACAACUCAAACACAAGGAGUCAAGUGCAUAGAAAGUCAUUUUUAAUAACUAUAUUUAAAAAUCAGAUAAACAUAACCUUAAAAAGUAGCUCUAUGAAAAAUCUAAAUAGAAAAUCUUAACCGGAAUGGCCUGUUUGGUCACAUGGCUGCCCCUGUGGUCUGCAAAGUGACAUAAUAAUUCAUAAGCUUAUUUAACGCAUUAUUCCAUGCUUACACGCUCCUAGCUGUGUGCGCUAAUACAUUCAGUACAUACUACUACUCGACAGAUAAGCGCCCUAAGUCUUUUGCACAUGCACAUAAUGUGAGGAAUGUCCACAGCAUGACUUCAAACAUCUGACUUCCACCUCACCGCGCUCCAGGCAAAUAACUGUAGAAGAAGGCACACAGUGUCAUUAGUGUGACACGUGCCCUAUCAUACGCUCAAUAUAAAAGAUAACAUUUAAUGAUACAGUUUAAAGGGGACCUAUUAUGCUCAUUUUUCGGCCAUUUGUAUUGAGUUGUGGACUCCUAUAGAGCAGCUACACGCAAUAACCAGCACACAAAGCUUUAUAGUUCUUCUAGAAUCUGCACCUAUUCAGCUGUAUUUCUUUGGAUUUCGUGUUUACUGUGAAAACUGUCGGUUUAAUGUAUUCUACCCACCCGCCUCCAGGCACGCCCACGCCACUGCGGUUGGUCACACUCCUUGUGCAUAGAAACACUUCCGGUUUGUGCCGCUAACUUUGAUAAACGGUAUAGAGGUUGAGAAUAAAUGGUGAUAUAUCUUUUUUAAAUGUGGGCUUUUAACAUACAGCUGUUGGAUACAGAAUCCGUUCCAGUAGUAGAGACUGGACAGUCCGAAGUUUCUCAAGGAAAGGGGUUACUUCAAGGCGUCUCUCAAUAGUAAGUAGCUUUGGAAUUUUAGCGUUAGGUUUUCUACAGCAUUGCUAACCGAAUGUGUGAAACGGCUAUUAGCAACCUGUGUAUGCAAGCGCUUUUGCUCCAGGACUUAUAGAAAAUAAACACAAUUAGGACACUGAUGGAUUGUUAUUUACUGCUCGCUCAGUCCACAUGACCAAGUAAUGUUGGAAAAGCUAGUCCAGCUACGUAGCUCCAACCACUUGUGGGUGAUGGUGGUGUCUUUAGAAGUUAUAAACAAAUGUGGCUUUCCUAGCAAGUAAAUAGAGGCACAGAGCUUGGGGGACGGCGGAGCGCCUAUCCGGCUUACACACACACCCAUAUAAGGAAGUCCGCCCCUCUGUGACAUAACAAAGGACAGUUUUACGAUGCAUUUUUGAGCCAUUCCAGACAUUUUCCAGGGCUCACUUCCUUGGGAGCUUUAUGCCCCUGUAUGGGGCAUUGACAGACUAAGAGUUCUGAAGGUCCAAAAGAGAGACACCCGCAGUGUUUCUACUUUGCCUAACCUUUCAACAGUUCAAUGACCUUUUAUUGCGUGACGGUAUGGAACAUGUGUGUCUG